AAUACAUGUACAUAUAAUAGAAGAAUAGGGGCCUGACAACUAGGUUCAUUGUGCGCGAGCAGUUCUGCGUCUUUUGGUCACAGGUACUUGUAGCGAAUGCUUACAUUGUGACAGGACUUUGCUAGUUACAGGUACAGAUUUUGCCUCUUUUCAAAUAUAUAUUUUUAACUGCAGAAUGGUAGGGAAAUCCGGACUCGUACUGUUCUUUAUUCGGUCAGUCAAGUCCUAAUGUUGCAAACAUAAAGAUGAAAUGAGGCUAUUAUAACCAGUGGUGGCAGAAAUACUUUUUACAGACUGUAUCAUAGUCAUAGUCAUAUAAACAGUCUAUGAUGAACCUUGUACAUAUCAUUGUCAUUGGAAGUUGACUUUCACCAUAUUGCUGUUUUCCCGUUGAAUGUAGGUUAUUGCGUUAACAGAUCCCAAGAUGGUUUUACAUAGUUAAAAACAAAAGUUCCCAACAAAAGAAUCAGAAAAUUGAUAGUUCUUAUCACCUUGUUGUUCGUACCCGUCUUCAGAGGCGGGUCCAGUAGAAUUAGUCUGACGUCAUGCUAAACAUGUACUCUAUCUAAGUAACUCGUCUAUCAAGUCGGCGGUCUACUGCUACAAGGAUAUUGCACGUUCCCAGGAUAACCAUAAAAGCUGAGGUUUCGUGCGACGCGAACCCUUCAGCGUCGACCGACGUCAGAUUUUCUAUUGUUUACCCUGGUGAGCAGACAAACACCGACGGCUUUACCUCCUUGCACCGGUAAUCUAACGUCACAUAAACAGUGAAAGACUCAAAGGAGCAUUGUAGGAUUGUUGCACUACGUGCUGACAUAGUGAACUGCCGCGCUCUCACAGAAAGUCAACUGGCAAAAUGGCUACGAAGAAUCCCAGCUUGCGUUCAACCCUGCGGAAGUACGGAGAGAACACCUCGGCACAUGGCAUCCCCCGGGCCGUCACUACCAAAUCGUUUGUCCGCCGACUGUUCUGGACAUGUCUGUUCCUGGCGUCCUUGAGUUACUUUUUGUAUCAAGCCCAAACGCUCGUGUACAAGUAUAUAAAGUACCCCGUCACGACGGAUGUCACGAUCCAGUGGUCGGCGCUGCAGUUUCCCGCCGUAACGAUCUGUAACGCCAACCCUCUUCGCUACCGCCAGCUAGUCCGGCUCGGUUCCGCAGAGUUUGAAAACGCUGGCUUCAUCCCGAAACCUGCGAAUCCGCCUCAGAAUGGGUCAGCACCAAGUACUACACAAGCCCCAACAACUUUGGCCAAUGAUGAUGAUUAUGACUACGACGCAUUCCACGGCGACUUUGAAACAAUCAACUCUUUCACCGGACUCCUCGUACAACUAAAUGACUCCAUGAAGCAGUCCCUUGGCCACCAAGCACGUGACCUCAUACAGGAAUGUCAAUUUGAUGGAAGACCAUGCUCAUUUAGGAAUUUCACGUUGUUUACGGAUAGUACCUAUGGAAACUGCUUCACCUUCAACAAGGAAGAAUUUAUUCCCGGGAGAUCGCCGCACAGUGUCACAAGUGCAGGACCUUCCCAUGGCCUGUCCCUGAUACUGUACAUAGAACAGGAAGAAUAUAUCCCCAGAAUAGCGGAGAAGGCGGGUGUGCGUGUGGUGAUCCACUCCAACGAGGUCUUCCCGUUCCCGGAGGCGGAAGGGUUUGAUGCACCCCCAGGGUCCCUAACCUCGGCAGGACUCAGACUGACGCAUAUAAGUCGACUGGGUGGCAAGUAUGGGGACUGCACGGACGGAGCGGGUCACGAGCUCCUCUAUCCCGGGGGUUAUACUCAACAGAACUGUAUUGCCACCUGUCAUCAGGAUCACAUGAUCAACAUCUGCGGCUGUGCUGACAUCUCCUACAUGCUGCCACAGGGUGCAACAUACUGCAAUUUUUCAACCUCUGUCGCAACGUGUGAGGAAGGGGUAAAGCGGCGCAUAGCAACCGCUAACCUGACGUGUGCGUGUCCAGCCAGCUGCUCUGACAGAGUCUUUCGCAAGUCGAUAGGUCUGGCCGAAUGGCCUGCUGACUCCUACCUGCCCACGGUGUUGUCCAAGCUGAGGACAAAAUCACGUGGUCCAGGAACAGGAAUCCUCGGCGAUUCAGAUGAGUUUAAGAGAAACCUUUUGAAGGUAAACAUCUACUAUGAAGCUUUAAACUUUGAAAGAAUCACCGAGUCACCUGGAUACGAGGUUGAGAACCUACUGGGCGACAUCGGUGGCCAGCUGGGUCUGUGGGUCGGCAUGUCCUGUCUGUCUGCGAUGGAGAUCAUGGAAGUCUUAGUAGACAUUGUCAUCAUCCUCUGCAAAAAAAUGUCUGGAAGGGGAAGACCAACGUCCCCAAAUGUUGUAGAUGUGGCUGGAACUGACAGAAAUGAUACUUAUAACGCUCACACCGCCGCCAUCCGUGUCACUGAAAAGAUGUAAGGAAGAUCGCAGAAGAUUUCUCAACUCAGUAUUUCAAAAAGGAGUCAUAAGAUUCAGAAGUAUUGUUCAGAAACUUUCAGACCAAAUUUGGUCUUCAUUUUCGUGUAAUGUAUCUCAAUUAGAUCUGUAUUUAUUGGUGUGUUUAAAAAAAUGUUAAGCUACAGUAAGCAAAAUUGUAUACCUAUCAUUGUAAAUUGCUACUUUUUAUCAAAUGGGAUAGGGAUCUGUUAUAAGAUUGUAAGGCUAAAUUACGUUGAAAUGUGAAGAGAAGACUUAGCAACUUGUAGAGUUCUAUCAAGGUCGAAUAGUUAUGUGUUUGUCAGGAUAGGUUUCUGAAAUCUAUCAAGU